AACCAUCGCCGUCCGCUCGAUCGCGCCCCAUCGCCAUGGCCGCAGCCGCUGCAGACGACGCCGGGCAUCUGACCCUGGACGUGGAGUUUUCCGGAGGCCUGGAGAUGCUCUUCUCGGACCAACGCCGCCACUCCCUCGACCUACCUGCCAAGGAUCAGGAUGGCAAGCCUUCCACCAUUGCGUUUUUGAUACAGUAUCUCUGCGAGCAUGUCAUGAAGGACACCCGCAAGGAACUCUUUGUGCUGGAAGACCAUCUACGGCCAGGUAUCCUAGUCCUAAUCAACGACGCCGACUGGGAGCUGGAGGGAGAAGAGGAAUAUGAGCUGAAGAGCGGCGACAAUAUCCUCUUUGUAUCGACCCUGCACGGCGGCUAA